GAGUCGUUUCUGGUCUUGUGACGUUUGCUUGCAGCGCGUGUGGGAAACACCAACAACAGUGUCCCCCAGUUUGUUUCUCGACCACACGAGUUGUUGUGUAGCUGACCCACAGGGGGACAUUGGUGACACAGGCAGUGCAGACCCAGGACAAGCUGCUCAAACACAGAGUGUGGGGACAACAGAGGUCACACAAACUGCCCUUUGCUGUUCAAACGAUGGCCGCACCGGUGUGGGGAGUGGGGGGUCUGCUGAGGUGAGCCAUGUGGAGGAGGUCACUGGGUGCAGGCUGCAGGCUGUUUGGCUGCAGGAGCGCUGGACCAAAGGGAAUCUGGGGCUCCAGUGCUGUGCGAGCAUGCAGCGCUCCCGUCCUACCUGCACUCAGCAUCACAGCCCUCCAGGCCAUGGAUUCAUGGAGGAAGCACUUUGAGGAGAGAGGAGUGCCGGAGCCUGAAGAGUCCAGCCACUACAUCAUGGCACAUUUGUUCGGGGCCAAAACUAUACAAAGUGUGGAGCAGGGGAAGCUAACAGAGUUCCUCAGCCGAGAGGAAACAGAGCAGAUGUGGAAGCUCUGCACCAGACGUCUCUCCAGAAUGCCUGUGCAGUAUGUGAUUGAGGAGUGGGACUUCAGGGAUUUGACCCUGAAGAUGAGGCCUCCUGUGUUCAUACCCAGACCAGAAACAGAGGAGUUGGUUGAACUUGUGCUCACUGAUCUGGAGACGAUGUGUGGGACUGAAGAUGCUCUGGACGCUCUGCACACGUGUGUGGAAGUGGGAUGUGGCUCCGGAGCCAUUUCUCUCAGCCUCCUGAGGAGUCUGCCUCAGCUUAAAGCCAUCGCGGUGGAUCAGAGCCAGCAGGCAGUGGAUUUAACAAGGGAGAACGCUUUAAGGUUGGGGCUUCAGGACCGAUUACAGAUCCAUCAUAUAGAUGUGAUGAAAGAUCCAGAAGCUGCGUUGAGUCUCUGCACUCGUGCUUCUGCUCUGGUCAGUAAUCCUCCGUACCUGUUCUCUGAGGAUAUGUCCAAGUUGGAACCGGAAAUUCUCAGGUUUGAGGACCCGUCUGCUCUGGAUGGAGGUGAGGAUGGCCUAAAUGUGAUCAAACAGAUUUUGACUAUGGCUCCAAAGAUUCUGUCAGAUCAUGGACGUGCUUACUUAGAGGUGGACCCCAGACACCCCUCGCUCAUUCAGCAGUGGGUGGAGGUGAAUGUGAAAGAGCUGCGUUAUGUUGAGACAAGACAUGACAUCACCGGCAGGCCUCGGUUCUGUAUCCUCCAGAAAAGAGAACUCAUACAAGGACCACGAGCUGGAUCUGGAUUGAGAAACUGAGAUCCUAUUACACUGGCUUUAUCCCAGGCUGCCACAGCCUCAGCUCCUCUACCCCCACUGAGCCGCCAAGCACGCACUUGCGCUGCAUUAAUGACUAAAAAAUGCACAAUUUCCAAGGGGCCGAAUUCACUCUCAUGUCAUUGUUUGCGUUUCUUAAAACCUAAAACCCUUGCGAUCACCUCCUGUGCCACAAUAGAAAUGUGUGCGAGCUGGCACAAAAGCAGGCUCAAAGCUGAAGGUAAUUACCGAGGCUUUUCUUAGAACCCUCCCUCUCAGAAUCUCACCCUCCUCCCAGGAAGCAUUCAGCAGUUCUGUGAAUCUGCUGAUGAGCGGUCCUCCCCUUCGCCUGUCCAUUCGCUGACUCAGAUGCAGGCUGUACGCAUUGUUGAGCAAAAACACACAAUGUGGCCUUUACGUCCUCACACACGUCUGCGUGUCUCACACACACUUCAGAGCUCAAAGGCCACAAAGUCUUUGUAUUUCAAAGGUGAUUAAAAAUGAAAAAUAUUUCGUAACAAGUGUCACAAGAGCAGUCAUUGUGCGGUGGUUAAUACCAGGGAUGUGGACAGUGCCCGGUGAGCAACACUUUCAUUUAAAGCAGCACAAGAUGGAAAAGGAGGUAAAGGACUGCAAGUUAGAAUCAAAUUAGUUAUUUUAAUACAAAAAUGUACACAUGUAAAAAGUAGAAAAAAUGUUGUACUGAGAAAAUAAAAUGGAUUAAAAUGUU